AUGGUCGCCGGUUCAAGCUCAACGACACUUGUUGAGAAGACGAGGCUAUGGAUCCUAGCGCCCGCCCGCACCGGACCGGCCACGGAAGGCAGGAAAACAAGAGCGAGGGGAGUCCACGGCCGCGCGUUCAAGCCCAUUGGCACCAUUAAACAGACCAAGAAGAUCGAUGAGAAGAGGAGAAGAGGACAAGGCAUCAUGGCGAAGCUGGCCAACGCAACUCAUAUUACCGUCGUCGCCGCAAUGAGUUUUUACUAUCAAUGGCUAAUACACCCUGAUUCCAGAUGGGCAUUCACUGUCGUCACACACGACAGCCAAUAUACAUUUCACGCUCCUAUCCUGGGCUACAAGGGGUUCAAUUCUUACGUUCAGCGUAGAAUGGACAGCACUCUACGAGGAUCCAUCGCAGAUGCUUACUGUGACGACAUCGUCAUUGCUUCCUCAUCCUUUCAACUGCAUAUCCUUGAUCUCGUUGACCUUUCCACUCGACUCAUUGACCCCCCAACCCGGCCGAUCGACUUGCUUCGGGCGGUCCUCGCUAAAAUUACAUAG